AUGUGUAAAAUCGCACAAAUUCUCGAUAAUGAGAAGGGUGGCGAUUCUGCCACAGCGCUUAUUGUUGCGAAGGGGCUGCGUGGACCAGACUACGUUUUUGCUUCAAACUUCAAGAAAGUACCUGAACUCGAAAGAGCAAAGUCGUUUCUCUCCGACCUCCUCGAGUACGUGGGAAGCAACCCUGAUGAAUUGACUCCCAAGGCACUGCAAAAGCAAGUCUUUGAUCGUAUUCUUGAGUUCAACUUUCUCAGAUUCGACGCAUACCUCAACGGACUGGACACUGCUUUGCAGUCUUGCAUCGAUGACUGCGAGAGAUCACAGGACCCUAACAUUUUCCGUGACUGCGAAGAUCUUAUCAAAGCUGUAAAUAAUAGCCAAAUCACCGGAAUAGAUAAAGUUUUCGACAAGUACAUCGGCACUACCGAGCCAGCAAUCUCGUAUCAAUGGAGUCAGCUGCGCCAUCAUCUUGGCCGUCUUCAUUCAUUCCGUCAAGCUUCCGAGGCCAUAAUCGAUGCUUCCACAAGGUGGCCCUCGUUAUUCAAAAACUUCACAGUCAAUUACAUUCCAUCAUCUCGUCUCCAAAGGUUCACUGGCAUCAACGGACUGCACGCUUCGCCAACGGAGACUAUUCAGGCUGCUUUUCCAGGUCAAGACCUAUCAUAUUACGAAGACGACAUCGCGGAACUUCGCAGAUACGGCCUGGAUGAACAAAUCCAGGGACAGGAGCUUAAUUUUCCAUCGAAGACUCUGGUUCACUGCGAAGCGAAUUUGCACAGUCAUCUUAUCACCGCUGGAAAAACCCGACCUUGCGACUUCUGGGACGAUGUCAUGUUUAUCGCUACCAGCAAGCCUCCGUGUAGGCUCUGCUAUUACUAUUUCCAAGACGGUGACAAUGACUUUCAAGUACAAUCGUCCCAUAUGAACCUUUACCCUCGAUGGCGGCUCCCCGACAUUGUUGAUUCCAACGAUGAAGCAAGCAUUCUGCAUCGUGAGGAGCUGAUAGAAGAUAUAUUCGAGCAUAUGCAGGGCAGUAUACUAAGUGUGUUACAAGAGAAAUUCCCUCAGUGGAAACGAAAUGAUUCUCGUACAGACUCACGAGGCUGUACAGAUAUUCGAGAGGGUGCGGAUAGCAGAACUCCAACUGGCGAACACUACAUGCAACCCCCGGUCAUGGAUGAUGACGGUUAUGUGACGGACAUUUGCACUGAUACUUUUGGUCUUGCCCAUUGA